GUAAACAGAAGAAGGAGAAGAAGAAGAAGAGGAACCAGGAAGUGGUUGUCAACAGUCCGGUUGGCAGCUCCGGUUCUCCGGUUCUGUUCCUCCAGACAUCAGAUUGAACGGCUCCGGUUCGGUUUCCGUGUAAAUAAAUAAUCGGAAACCGGAAAUAUGGCGGCGGUGGACGUGGAGGAUGAGAGCAUCCUGGCGUCCAUCUUCAAGGACAGCUUCCCGGACAGCUGGAGGGACAACCCGGACUUCGCGGCCUACUUGUCAGAGCUGAGCUCCUUCGGGGUGGAGAAGCUGAGCCGGGAGCCGGAGCGGCUGGCGGAGGAGCGGGCUCAGAUCCUGCAGCAGACCCGGGAGCUGGCCUUCUCCAACUACCAGACCUUCAUCCGCACCGCUGACUGCACCGAGCACAUCUACCGGGACUUCGGCCGGGUGGAGAGCAGCGUGUCCCGGCUGCUGGACAAGCUGCCCGGCUUCGGAGAGAAGUGCAGGGGCUUCAUGAAGGAGGCCGAGGACAUCGGAGCGAGUCGUCGGAUGAACAGCCUCACGCUGAACCGACACACGGAGAUCCUGGAGAUCCUGGAGAUCCCUCAGCUCAUGGACACCUGCGUCCGCAACGGAUACUACGAGGAGGCGCUGGAGCUGGCGGCCUACGUCAAGAGGCUGGAGAAGAAACACUCCUCACUUCCUGUCAUCCAGGGAAUCGUGCGUGAAGUCCGUCAGUCGACUCAGCUGAUGCUCAACCAGCUCCUUCAGCAGCUUCGCAGCAACUCUCAGCUUCCUGUCUGCCUGCGUGUGAUUGGCUACCUGCGGCGGAUGGACGUGUUCACGGAGGCGGAGCUUCGGGUGAAGUUCCUGCAGGCUCGAGGUACCUGGCUGAGCUCCAUCCUGGCCGCCAUCCCCGAGGACGACGCCUACUUCCACAUCACUAAAACUAUCGAGGCGUGCCGGGUCCACCUGUUCGACAUCAUCACACAGUACCGGGCCAUCUUCUCCGACGAGGACCCGCUGGUGCCCCCUGCAGGCGGCCAGGUGAAUGAGGGCGCCAUCUUCCACGGCUGGGUGGUCCAGAAGGUGGCCGAGUUCCUGCAGACGUUGGAGCGGGACCUCCAGCGCGGCGUCGGCAGCCGCCUGGACUCCCUGCUGGGUCAGUGCAUGUACUUCGGUCUGUCCUUCAGCCGGGUCGGCGCCGACUUCCGCGGCCAGCUGGCGCCGAUGUUCCAGCGGGUGGCGGCGGAGACGUUCCGCCGGGCGGUGCAGGAGGCCGUGGACAAGUUCCAGGAGGACAUGAACCUGUACACGCUGAUCGCACUGCCCUCGGUUCUGGGCGGAACCAUCCCCCCCGUGGCGCCGAGCGCUCAGCCCGGAACCCUGCAGCCUCCCAUGGCGCUGCUGGACUUCCAGCCGCUCGCCUGCUUCCUCAACAACGUCCUGACCGCCUUCAACGACCUGCGGCUCUGCUGCCCCGUCGGACUGGCCAGGGACGUGUCCCGCUGUCUGGAGGACGCCCUGAAGACGGUGACCCGGCAGAUCCUGGUGUUCCACCGAGCCGAGGAGUCGGCCUUCAGCAGCAGAGAAAAGGAGCUCUUCAUCCAGUUCUGCUGCUGCUACGCUGAAGAUCUGCUGCCAUUCCUCAACCGCUGCCUGCAGGUUCUGUUUCCUCCGGCGCAGCUCGCCCUGAUUCUGGGUGUUCCAGCAACUCACCUGCACAGGUACGGAGGUCUGGGCAGCAUCGACAUCACCGCCGUUCUGGAGCCGCUAGACUUUAUUCUGCCUGAGAGGGAAAGUUUAGCGCCGGAGGUCGACGUCAUGGAAGAACUGAGCAGUUUGGAGCUCAAAGAACCAGAACCGACCCGGUGGGACGUCAGAGAGUCUGGAGGCGAAGCGACGGAACAGAAGUCUGAGGAGGAGAACCAGGACGAGGAGUUCUCUCUGGAGUGAACGGAGCUUCAUAAACAUCUAGAACUCUGAGCUGAAGUUUAAAUAUUUCAGUUUAAAUAAACUUUAACUGGAGAUUGUUUAAAACGUUCUGUCCUUAAAGAGACAUUGUUUCUGACUGUACGGUUUUCUAUCCAAUCAUGUAAACAUGGAAGUUCUUCUCCACGUAAAAGAUCAUCAGAACUGUUCUGAUAAUGAAUCAGUUUGAGUAUUUUUGUAAUAAAAACACUUUAAAUUCUCUGA